GUAUUGAAUCAGUGAGGACCAAAGGUGUUGAAAUUGUGUGCUAUUGGAGAAAUACAGAUAAAAACCUGCCUCUGCCUGACUUUUACAUGUGUUUGGGCAGUGUUCAUGCAUGGUGCAAGAGGAUGCUGAAGUCUCCGCUUACCGUAUUCCUCCCUUUUUUUUUUUUUUUUUUUUCAGUCCUCACCUCAGAUGUGCAAGCUAGAUGCAGAGAACAGGCAAGGACUAACCAUGUUUUAUUUCUUCACAGCUCUUCAAAGAUUUCUUCAAAGAGUUCUCCACAUGCCUGUAGUUCAGCUGCUGGAAAUAGGCUCUGCUGAGCCACCGCAGGACACCAACACAUCCACUGCCAGAGAUGGGUGCAGAUAGAGGGAAGCAACUGCAAGCUUGCCAGAAAUCAUUAUCCUCUGUUCAAGUCAGGCACACAACAAAUAAAGUCUCACCGGAUCCACAGAUCGACAGAGAAAGAACAUUUGGUGUUCCUCUAGAAGCUCUCAUACAGGAUGCAACACAACGUGGAGUCCCUUUUCUCGUCACACAGAUGGUGGAGUACCUAGAAGUAUUUGGUCUGCAGCAUGUUGGUAUAUUUCGAAUCAGUGGUUCAGUGAAUAAAGUCAAAGAAUUGAAGCAAAAGUACAAUCAAGGAGAAAAGGUAGACCUCAUUAAUCAUGGAGAUGUUGAUUCUGUAGCCAGCCUUCUGAAACUGUUUCUAAAAGAACUGCCAGUGGCUGUUUUUCCAGACAAUGUCUGUGCUGGCCUGCUAAAAACUUUCCAAGAGCACAAAAUCCACACAACAGAAUGUAUAAAGAAUCUGAGACAAUUACUCAGCUGCCUGCCCGAAGCCCAUCAAAACCUUCUGCAGUUCCUGUCUGCUUUUCUGUUAAAGAUAGCAACAUAUAGUGCAGUGAAUUUCAUGACUCUGGAAAACCUAGCCGUUGUGUUUGGACCUGCUCUUUUCAAGAUCCCUGUCGGUCCCUUGGCUUGUGAAGAACAAAGGCUUUACAAUGGUCUCCUGCUGUAUUUGCUUCAACACUAUGAGAUGCUUUUUGUUGAUCUGAACCCUGGUUUCUCACCGAGUCAAGCAGAUGGCCUUCAGAAGAACGAUACAGAAGAUGAGGAGAGAGACAGAUCUGCAUUAUUAAGCAUUCAGGAUAAUUCCUUCAACACCACAGCUUUAGCAGAGUGUGACAGGAAUUCAGACUCUGUACAUGAAAAUCAAGUGGCCAGUUGCAGCACCAGAGAUGAUGAUAACAAAGAAAAUUAUCUGGACAACGCUGCUGUCUUAGGAGAAAGGCAGCUGCCUUUGCAAGACAACCAGCAGCAUAAGGAGCAGGCAGUAACUGACUAUGCUCUAAAGCCUGACAUGGGCAACUUAAAGCUAAGAAAGCCUAAGCCCUUGGCAAGGCUAGAAAAUGGAAAAAGCCAUGAGGAAAGUCAGGAGCUGGAGAGCUCAUUGCCAGGCCUCUUAGACUGGCAGGAGAAGGAAGGAUCCUCAGCUAAUGACUAUGCACAGAACGUGUCUUUCAAAUGCCAGGAAGAAGUCGUGAGGUUUCAACCAAGUCUGGAUCAGAAAGCAUAUAUUUCACGAAAGGAAGCAACUGAGCAACUGCACAGCUUAAGUGAGAAUUCUUUGUUGAAGCUACAAGCCCUCGAAACCGAUCUGUGCUCUGCAUUUCUGCCAACCCAGGAGGAAACUCCUCAGCUGCCGGCACCCAAGGAUCCAACCCCUUCAUCAGUCCAAACCAGUGUGCAUCUUGAUGGGGCCAGUUGUGGAGACCAAUAUCACUUCAUUUCUGCUAUUACUGAUUUUAGUUUAAUGCAUCAGCAGAGAGAUAGUGAAGAGCCUUUACCAGCACAGAGAGACUGGCAGAAUGACAUGGACAGCAGCCCACAAGAACAUCACUCCCUAGGGACCAGUCGACUGCUGUAUCACAUUACUGAUGGAGACAAUCCUCUUUUGUCACCACGCUGCUCUAUCUUUAGCCAAAGCCAGAGAUUUAAUCUAGACACAGAGUCUGCCCCUUCUCCACCAAGUGCUCAACCUUUCAUGACACCAAGAAGUUCUUCUAGAUGUAACUGUGAAGAGUGCAAAGAACCACAAACAAUAGCACAACUUACCAAGCAUCUUCAGAGUCUCAAGAGAAAAAUCAGAAAGUAUGAAGAAAAGUUUGAGCAAGAGAAAAAAUACCUGCCUUCACAUGGUGACAAAACUUCGAAUCCUGAAGUUCUAAAAUGGAUGAAUGAUUUGGCCAAAGGUCGCAAGCAGCUCAAAGAGUUGAAACUCCGAAUGUCAGAAGAACAAAACCGUACCUCCAGAGCACCCCAAAGAAAUGAUCAUUGUGAAAGUACUGGGACCUCUAAGGAGACUGGGACGCGGGAGGCUACAAGCAUGGAACCAGCUCCAUCAGUAGAAGAAACCAUGGACGGUGUACUGAGACGACUAAAGGAGAAAAGACAACACUUCAACAUUCCAGAGACUAUUAAGGAUAUGACAAAAAAGCAAAUGGCUUUGGAAAAAAUCAAUCUUCAGAAAUGCCUACUAUAUUUUGAGAGUAUUCAUGGACGGCCUGUAACUAAACAAGAAAAGAGUCUUAUGAAGCCUCUUUACGACAGAUAUAGAAUUAUCAAGAAGCUUCUUGCAACUCCAUCUUUGAUCACAACAAUUGAAGAAGAAGACUCCGAUGAAGACCGUUCUCAAAGCAGCCAUGAGCUAUCAUCUGGUCCAAUAUCUUGCCUCCCUGUUGAUGAGCAUCUGUGUUACUCUCAGGAGGAGAGCGAGCCUGCAUAUGUUUCACCUCUGGAUGAAAAGAAAGUUUUCAGACAAACAGCCCUGUCUAUGUCCAACUUACAUGAGGCAACAAUGCCUGUUCUACUUGAACAUCUCCGGGAAACAAGAGCAGAUAAAAAAAGGCUUCGCAAGGCUCUGAGAGAGUUUGAAGAACAAUUCUACAAGCAGACAGGAAGGAGUCCUCUAAAAGAAGAUCGUGUACCAAUGGCAGAGGAAUACUCUGAAUACAAGCACACAAAAGCCAAAAUCAGGCUCUUAGAGGUUCUCAUCAGUCUUGGUCUGCUGCACAAUUAUUUGACACACUGAGAUUUUUUGAUGCACUUUACCAAUUAUACAAGCUGGGAUGAGCGAGGACUGCAAUAUACGAGAAAAUUAUUAAGUGCGGGUGAGUGAACUAUAGUGUGUAUAUAUAUAUAUAUAUAUUUUUUUUUUUUUUCCUUUUGAAAAAGCCUUGAAGUGCACUGUGAAAAUGUUAGAAAUUAAAAGGCCAUUGAAGUAUUGUUCAGACUCAGUUUGACCUGUUCUUAGGUUUAAAAAGUGUGAGGAAAUGUUCGCCAGGUUUCUAGUAUAUCUUAGUAUUUGGUAAUGUACCACACAUUUCUUAGCAGGAUUUAAACGCACUGUAAUUAACUAUUGCUGUUGGUUCUCAAUGUGCUGAUUCGCUAGAUUAAAGGAACCAUGAGCUUAAACCAAACAAACUCACUCGUGAACAUACACUGGCUUUCAAGACAGAGUUGCCAUUCAAUUCCAGUAGCUUCAAAGAAAGGUGUGUACACAAAACCAGUGACAGGAUUUGGUCUAUAAUUCUGGGAGUAGAGCAAAGUGAUGUUGCCUAUGCAAAAAAAAAAAAAAAAAAA